UUUCCGCAUAAGUUGUAAAGACAGUACAGACUCAUGAAUAUAAGAUACGGGUUGUGGGUCUCAGAGCCGACUUUCUCAACGGAAAAACGGCCUUGCAGCGCAAGCCGCACAUUAAUUAAAAUGUAAGGUCCUGAAGGUAAAAAAAGAAAAAGCAUUGUAUUUUAAUUUCUUAAAGAAAAAGAAUAAGGCAUUUUACUUAUUUCAUGUUUGAUCUGUUGUAGCUUCGAUUUUUUUGUUGUAAUAAGUUAUCAGAUAAAUCCUAAAGAUUGGUCCUCCUUGCCACUCAAACAGACCAUUGGCGUCCCCGUGUGGCGCAAACACACCCGACCUGACAGAAAGCGAUUACUAAUAACGGUUCGACUUGUACCUUCUGCCCUUCCGUACCAAAGUAUCUCUAAACGGAUGGAAGUUUAACCUUAUACCAUCCACAAGUUGAACAUGGAUAAAGGCUUUGUCGUUGUUAGAAUAAAGAAAAAUAGUUUGAGGGAACUGUCUGUAUUUUGGUCUGGUAUUUGUGGAGAAAAGCAGCGUUCGCGAGAGAAAGAAACCAGAAGGCUGGUUAUUAUGUGCGUUUCUGCCGUUGGCCCUUGCUGUUGUGUUUAUGGACAAUGAGCGCCACUCGAGGAAAGUAGAUCUGACCACUUGAGGUCAGUCUAUGCGUCCGAUUUAGUGAAGUGUCGUCCCUAGAGGAGGACCGUGAUGUCCUCGGUUCGGGCUGCAACUUUGGUAGCUGCGCUGUCCUUCAGUCUGGUGCGCGGAGGUGUCCCCAGGUCAUGGAAGUCGCCUUGGCCAGGGUGCGACAAUGGAAAGCUCUUAAUACAGAAGGACCUACCUCGAAAUGCUUUGUGGGCGUGCCCAGCAACAUCUUGGCCUGAGGCUACUCAGAGUUACCCUGGUGUUGACACUGUGUAUGAUCCUGAGCCGGCCAAGCAGGUUUGUAUGGGUACACCUAUCAGCUACAACCUGACCAUUCCUAACAGUGGUCCAUACAGACCCGUGGGUGCGGAGAGUGGAGAGUACUUGUACUGCCCUGCUGAACGAUGGCUGAACAACCUGCACCAUGGCGCUACCGUGCUGCUUUACCAUCCCUGCGCUCCUCUCAGCGAGCGCGUCCGUCUGUCCGUCCUGGCUCGCUCCUGCCUGUCCGACUACAUCAUCACCCCGCACCCAGAACUCAAACACACGCGUGUGGCUUUGGUGUCCUGGGGCCGAACUCUGGAGCUGUCCACUAUUCACACCUUCGCUGUUUGUGAUUGGCUGGAGGAGGUGGAAGCAGCAGCGAAAGGAACCAAUCCGAACGAUGUGGUUGCGACCAGGAACUACAGUCUUCUGCUGAUCAGGCCAGCAGAGCAGAAUGCCCUCCCAGCAAAACAAUCACACGCCAACACAAUGCUGUCUAUUAGGCAUUGCUGUGAGCAGAGCCUCUUCAACCCUCUGGUUCAAGGAGAGGAGGCGAGGGGGCAGGGAGGAGGAGGAGGAAGGCGGCCCAGAGGGGCCAUCAAGAAGUCGGAGAAGACAGAGACCACGACCAAACAUGAGACUUCUCCAUCCAAAUCCACUCAGACCUUACAGGCCUCCAGAGCAUCGGAGUCCGAACCAAAUCCUGGCCUAGUGAAACCAGGGCCAGAGCCGCCCCGGCCCGGUUCCAGAGGCCGUCCUGCGACAACUGUUCUUGGAUCAGUUCUUGCAAAAACAACCAUGGCUGGACGCCAUGGUUCAGAUGUAAAAGUGACAGUGGAACACAGGGACAGAGGUUCUGCCGGCCAGAACUCUGCAGAGCAGAAACUGUUGACUGACCUGCCGGACAGGACGGUGAAGAACGGUGAGCGGGUGGCUAUGAAACAGAGCCGAGAACCUAAACUCACACACCCUGUCGGCAUCGAGGACAAAAACAUCGAGACCCCGCCCAAGGCUCCACCUCCUCUCCCAAACGCCCACCACAGGGCUUCCACACCCACUCCCACCGCCCCUGAGGACAUUGUGGACCCCGACGGCCACAUCGCGGCCGGCGUGCUGGGGGGCAAGGGGCGGACCCCGCGCACGGACGAGGCGGUGUGGGCGGCGGGCGCGCUAGGCUUCCUGCUGGUUCUGCUGGCGCUGUCUGUGCUGCACACCCGCCUCUACCGCCAGUGGAGGACCACCCCACCCAUGUACUGGCACGACCCCCGGCAGGACUACGACAGCGUGGCCGAUGUGAUCCGGAAGAGGCUGAAGAUAGCAGACCGGAGGCACAGGAGGAAGUCCUACCAGCCCAGGAGACAAGAGUGUUUGCUCUUACCCAGCUCGGAUGAAGAAGACGAUGACCAGUAGUUUUUUAAGCGCUGCGUGGAGAUGACACCAAGUACUGAUUUCUCAGCAUUGAAUGUUAGGAUGCCCCUGCAUUUCCAUUUAGUACACCGAUUGUUAAUGACGGUGAUGACACUAAUUAGUUAAAAAGGCAAGGUCAAGUUAAUUGUAGGUACACUUAGCCUUCUCAAAGUUCGGAGCAGUGAAUGCCCUCCUUGGCAUCUAUUGAUCAGAUUUCUCUUUUGCCUUGCAAUUAGUCUAGCCUGGUCCGACCAGACUCUCGUACUUCCUUUCAUUUGCACAGAGAGUCUGGACCCACUCAAUUGACUAACGUUAACUCACUUGAAGGCGGGUGUCUGGCCAUAACCAAUCGCUAACGUUUGGCCAGGCUGUAAACAAACCAAACACCGUGCGUGACGAUGUCCGUCAACGAGAGCUGACUUUAACGUCAUUGUUCUCAGCCACUCCCUCUGUUCGCUGAUUGGAGGCACAAAAGAGAAAACCCACUAACACUCCGCAGACCCAGACGUAUUAAUGAAGGGAAAUUAAAAUUGAGCGGAAGUACUCGGGCGGGCGGAGCAAGGCUACAAUUAGUCAGACCGUCUAAAUAUUGUAUUAUGUUUACAUAGAAAGGGCUAAAAUAUUAAUGAAUAAUGGAUAAAAUCAGAGUUGGUGAAAACCUUCCCGUAAUAUUCAACACUCCUGGCCUUUGAUGCACUAGUUUCUUCAUUACACAUAGAAUCCAAUGUGAGUAAGCGUAGGAUUGUGUUUUUUUUUUUGGUUUUGUUUUUUACAAUGGAUGAGCUUAGUAAUGAUUCAAUGCUGUUUUUAUAUUUCAAUUUUUUUUACCUGUGUAGGAUUUGCUAGGUGGACGAUGUAAGCAACACUGUCAAAACAAAGAGGCUAUCAGCUGAUGGUACGAACACUAAAGUAGGGUAGGUGGGGUCUGAUCGGAUCCCUGCGCAGUCUGGCUCGCAUCCCGUAUGCAACCCGGCACAUCGGAUCGCCACGUUAAUCUGAUCUGGGAGCAUCAACACACGACAGUUAAUGCGUCCUGGUGGGAAUCCGAUAACAAAAUUCACUCUGAAAUGCCAAAUUCACUGGAGUCACACAUGGAUCUCAGGACACCCUACCUUCCCUGAAAAGUGGUUAUUAAAAGUUUUUAAUACAUUUAGUAUUUUCUUCAAUUUGCAAUAACAUGAUUUGUUUUUGUCUGUAUCAUUGCUGCUGCUUGUUUUGAAUCUAACCAUAUUCUCAGUAAAGCAGGGUUUAGUUCCACAUACAGCCCAUUUACAAAGAUCAACGUUGUGACGCAGAUUUCACAGGGCUGCCUGCAUUUAUACUUCCCCAUCACAUCAAUGUGAACUCAAGGGUGCACUAUUGCAUUUCCCUAAAUGCACAAAAAGCUAAUGUGGAAACACAAUCACGAGACAGUCUGCUCCCAAAAUAUAUUAAAUAUUCUGCUGAAAGCGGCCAAUCAGCAAGUUGUUUUCCAAUAAGUGCUGAAGGUUAUAACACAACUAACAGGUCCCAGCAGCAGCAAACAAAUCAAUACAACCAUUACAUUGUUUUAUUAUUUUAUUACAAAUGUACAGCUUAUGAGUUUCCAUUACGGUUUACCUGUUAUUUUUUUUUAUUAAGUAAUUUUUUUUCUCUACUUUAUACAGUUUUAAACAUGUUAAAACAACUCUUCUGUGCCUCUCCCAACUGGUAGAGCUGUGAGAACGUACAGCCCACUGCCAAGGGCUGGACAUCGCCUGCUCGUCAGUCUGUGUGUAUAUGCAUGCACGCACGCAAAUAAUAAGCAUGGCUUGCUGGUUGCAAGUGUUGGUAGGAAUUCAUGUACUUGUGGGCGGCUUUGGAGCUGUGUGUGUGUGUGUGUGUGUGUGUGUGUGUGUGUGUGUGUGUGUGUGUGUGUGUGUGUGUGUGUGUGUGUGUGUGUGUGUGUGUGUGUGUGUGUGUGUGUGAGAAAGAGAAUGUAUGUUUUGCGCUCUAGUCUGCGUUCUUUGUGUAGCAAGUGUGCGAGACAUUGGGCGGGCCACAAGCAAAACAUAACAUUCUCCUCCCUUGGGGCACCCUACGUAGUGUCCACUAAGGUGUUUUGGGGGGGGGGGGUCCAGACCCUGUGCAGUAUGGCCUCCCCCUACCGCUGACUGAGAUGAUUGUAGAGCGAUACCUGAAUGUGCUUCGGACAUUCCCUCCUGCUCUGAUCCCUAAGGCCCACCGCUACGCGCCCCGUGUCCUUUGCACGGCGGAGAACAAAACGCACAGAAAUUAAAGUGUCGGGCGUGUACGUCGCCCAAAAUGUUUCUUAGUAGUGUAUUUAUCAAACCCCUCGACAGUAAGAAAUGAUCCCAAGCGCACAGAGGCCGCUACCUCUCUGCUUUGUUCAUGCCAGUUUCAUGCGCAGAAUGAAUUGUUCCAUUGUAAAAAAAGAAAAAAAGUCAUUUUAAUGCUCAAUGUACAAAAAUGCAACUAGGGGACGAGAUGGCAGAGGGCAAAGGCAAUAUUAAACGCACACACGCGCUAGACGAUCAAGUGCAUGGCUGCCUGGGUCCACUGUUUGACUGGAGAACGGGUGCCGAGAUCCCACUGCCUGGAGCCUUGGCAAAACACUCUUUAGACAUAAAUAUCUUACAAACAUAAUCCUAACAUAUAGCUUAAUAUAAAAUAUAUCAUGGAAAACAGGUUCAUAUAUCCAUAUACAUAUAUAUGGCUCUAGUCUAGAACUCGGGCGACGCUGAAUGACAGCUGGCAACUGGCCCCGCUGUGUGUGUUUAGUGUGUUUAGUAUGUUUGUGCACCUGUGCGUGUGUGUGUCUCUUACAGCAGACGGUACAACAUGGCUGGAGCCGAGCCAGUCGAAUAGGAGAUGAUGAUGUGCAAAGGCAAACCCAAUAACGUUGCAUUUCACUACAGUCUCUUACGCAUGAUUUGCAUCGACUCGGGAAUAAGGGCCGACAACCAAUAAGCCGACAA